ACAUCUCUGUUCUUAUAAUUCUUUGGGCCCCUUCUCUUUGGUCUCUGUAAAGACGACAUUGCAUUGUUUGUGUUCUACUACAGGUUCUUGAUAUACUUCGCCCAAGAUGCCGUCGAUAUCCCUCACCCUCCGCACAGCGCGUACUUUUUCGCGAAGCACCACAAAAACAUAUCUUAACCUCUCUCGCUCCUUCUCGUCAUCGCUUCGUCGCAAUGAGAUCAACAAGGUGUACCCAAGCGCUGCAGCCGCAAUUGAAGACAUGUCUUCCGACAGCACGCUUCUGUGCGGUGGUUUCGGACUCUCAGGUGUCCCAGAUACGCUUAUCGAACAAGUAAAAAACACCCCACACAUUACCGGCCUAACCGCCGUAUCCAACAACGCCGGCGUUGUGGGAGGAGGUCUGGGUUUACUACUAGAAAGCAAACAAGUCAAGAAGAUGAUUGCAAGCUACGUAGGCGAGAACAAGGUUCUCGAGCAAAUGUACCUCACAGGAGAACUAGAGUUGGAACUCACACCCCAGGGAACACUAGCAGAAAGAUGUAGAGCAGGCGGUGCCGGCAUCCCCGCAUUCUACACACCCGCCGCCUUUGGCACCGUCGUCCAAACAGGAGAACUAGCACUCAAGCAUAACGGCGAUGGCACCGUCGCCCAAUACUCGACACCCCGCGACGUCAAAGUCUUCGCGGGCAAGAGCUACAUAAUGGAAGAAAGCAUAAAAGGCGACUACGCCUUCAUCAAAGCCUACAAAGCCGACCGCCUAGGAAACGUGCAAUUCCGCUUCUCCGCCCAAAACUUCAACGGCGCCAUGGCCCGCAAUGCCAAAAUCACAAUCGUAGAAGCCGAACACAUCGUCCCCGUCGGCGAUAUCCUCCCCAACGCCGUCCACGUCCCCGGCAUCUACAUCGACCGCGUCAUCCAAUCGACCGCAGAGAAGAAGAUUGAAAAAGUAGUAAACGCAAAAGACCCAAACGAAGCCCUCGCUGCCGACCUCGGCAAAGGCGACACGGCAUCGAAACGCGAACGCAUCGUCCGUCGCGCCGCUAAGGAAUUCAAAAACGGCAUGUAUGCAAACCUAGGUAUCGGCAUGCCCAUGCUCGCCCCUUCCUUCGUAGACCCCUCAGUAGAAGUCCAAUUGCAGUCUGAAAAUGGUAUCUUGGGUCUAGGCCCUUACCCGCAAAAAGGAACAGAAGACCCAGACCUCAUCAACGCGGGUAAGGAGACGGUUACUUUACUCCCCGGUGCUUCGUGCUUUGGGUCUGAAGAGUCGUUCGGCAUGAUCCGUGCUGGUAAAAUCAAUCUCACUAUCCUCGGUGCGAUGCAAGUUUCCGCACAUGGCGAUUUGGCGAAUUGGAUGUUGCCCGGCAAAGUCAAGGGGUUUGGAGGCGCCAUGGAUCUGGUUAGUAAUCCGCAGAUGACCAAGGUGGUGGUUACUAUGGAGCAUACGGAUAAGAAGGGGAGGCCGAAGAUUUUGAAACAGUGUGAGUUUCCGCUUACGGGCAAGGCGUGUGUUAGUCGGAUUAUCACGGAUUUGUGUGUAUUCGACGUCGAUUUUACUCAGGGUCUGACGCUCAUUGAGCUCGCGGAUGGUGUUACCGUGGAUGAAGUGCGGUCCAAGACGGGUGCGACGUUCAAGGAAGCGGCUGAGAUUAAGCCCAUGUUGUAGAACGUGGAUGUGAAUAUGAAUAUGACGCAGAUUCCCCAGUUAGACAAAA